AUGAAGCUACAAUUUUGCCGGGCCCUCGAGCUGAUUCCCUUGUUUCAACUGCAGUCACCAUAUCUCUCAGACUUUAUCGCACGAUCUACGCAAAUCGCCAUCCCAGAGCUUCCUUCCCAUCUUGCGACACUUCCCCGAUCAUGGCCUUUCCCCCGAGGUGACCUCUAUCACUGGAUCGGGGUGCUGAACCGUUUCGAUGAGAUCCUAGCCGCCGUGAUCGAUCGAUACGGUCUGAACUCGGGUCCGCAGACGAAGCCCUUCGGUCGGUCAUUUCUGGCCGAUUCCUAUGCGAAUGAAGCAAGUGGGCCAACGCGGGAAGACAUUGAUGCCAAGCUUGAUGCUCUCGGCUAUGGACCGGAAGGAGACAGAGAGCUUCUGGAGGCCAUCCUGAGCUUCUCUCAGCUCCUUCAGGAAAAGUGUGGCAACCGCAGUCUAUACAGCAGUAGCGAACGUCUGAAUGACCUUUUGAACACGACCUCGAAUUCGCUUCUGCUGAUUACGCUGCGUCUUGCCCUAUCUCUGGCCCAGAGAUAUCAUGCUCGGCAGCGGAACGCUAGUCCUAAUCACAUUCAACAGAGUUUGCUGGCAGCCCACUACAAUAUCGACUUAGAAAGGGUCCAGAAACUCGCUUCGCCCUUCCCGCGACCCACGGUCAUUACGAAGCCGCCUGUUGCUCCGUCUUCUCCAGCGGUCUUGACAAAGGGAAAGGAGAAAGCAGUCCCGACGAAGCAUGAUGCGAAUGACAUGAUCUCGCUGCUGCGAGAGAGCGAUGGCUGGGAGGAAUGGGGCAACGUUCGUGCUGUAUACUAUCCUUCGGGCUCUUCCGAUCAGGGAAGGACUGCGCCCGAAGGUGCAGCAACCGAGCAGAGCCAGCAGGCUCCGGCGACCCCGACGCCCUUACGCCGAAGUGCGACUCUUCCCACCCCGCGGUUCAGCCGCGGAUCAAGCACGGAGGAAUCGCCUGGGGUGUAUGGCAGCACUCCUUUAGGGAAGCCUGAGGAGACGGGGCGUGGUUCGAAGGUUGUUGAGAUUCCGUCCAUCAAGGUUUCUUCGUCGAAAGUCGAAGAUCUCUUGGAAUCGAAAUUGACGGAAGUACCAAAUGAGUCGAAGUACGACUUCCUUCACCGGGUUCGUAUGGCACGAGCUCUGGUGAGCUCUCCUAGUCGAGAACAACUUCUUGCGAUUCGGAUCCUCGCGAUCACGAAUCUGGCUUACGUCUAUCCUGAAGCCGUUUUUCAGCAGAAAAUUCUCCAACACGACACGGAUCAACCUAAACGUCUUCAACUUGUUUAUCAGCUCGCAGAACUGGUCCACCUAGGCGCCAGUGGAGACCUCGCAGCUUCUCGGACCACGCAGACGCUUGCCCUGAAUGCACUUGACGCGCUCUCGAAACACAAAUCGAGAUCUAUCGAUGUUUGCGCGGCCCUGAAUGUUAAUGUCAACCACGGCAUUCUUAUGUUCCUGACUCGAAAAGCGAUCACCGAACUCGGGGGUGAAGAUGUCGAUGGGGACGAUUCCGGGCAAGAUGAGUGGCGAGACGCAUUGUUCGCGUUGCUGAGGACGAUCCCAAGCGCAGGCUCGAGGACUCCCGAGACUCUUGUCGCCGCCGGCUUGAUUCCGAUGUUUGUCGAUAUUCUCAAUCUUCGGACCGAAAAGGCUCGUCGCGUCUACCCUCGCGUUCUAGAAUUACUCGACACUUUUGUUCACUCCGUCAGAGACGCCCUUGGCACCCUUGCCAGUGCCAGAGGCUUUGAUGCAAUUUCGGACCUGAUUGGAUUCGAGACCAAGUCCGCUUUUGAGAAUGUAUCCCGGGGAGCCGGGAUUCCCCCUGAGUUCCGGACGCCCUCGGUCGACUACGAGGUCUCGUACUUCCAGCAACAAUCUCUUCGAUGGCUCUUCAGAUUCGUCAACCAUAUCAUGCAACAUAGUGGUGGCGGGUUUGAUCGCUUAUUGCGGAAUUUGAUAGACUCUCCACCGUUGCUGACGGCCCUCCGUCUGGUGUUCGAGAACGCACGCGUUUUUGGUGCGCACGUUUGGAGUGGAGCUGUCAACAUUCUCAGUAGCUUCAUCCAUAAUGAGCCGACUAGCUACGCCGUUAUCGCAGAGGCGGGCCUCAGUAAGAGUCUCUUGGAAGCAAUUGUGCUUAGGGAUUUGAGCGUUCCAGAACAUCCAGAACCGUCAGCGACCGGCGAUCAAGCUCUUUCCUCGUCUCGACCUGUCUCCACGACCUCGGGAGAGUGGUCCCAGGAAGAGACCAGGACUCCGGAGUACCAUCUUAUUAGACCCGAUGCCAAGCCGUUGGCUCGUGGAAUCUUGCCAGCGACCGAAGCUAUGUCCUGCAUCCCGCAAGCUUUCGGUGCCAUUUGUUUGAAUUCGACUGGGCUGGAACUUUUCCAAGCUUCGGGCGCUCUGGAGAGCUAUUUCGAAAUCUUCGAGAGCCCUGAGCACGUCAAAUGCAUGAAGGACGAUGCCAACCUUGUGCGCUCGCUGGGAACAACUUUUGACGAGCUGGUUAGGCAUCAUCCAGCCCUAAAACAGUCAGUGAUGACCGCUGUCAUGGUCAUGGUUGCUCGCGUUGGCCUUUUGUGCAAGAGGAAAGCUUGGGAGCAUGGAGCAGGUGCUAAGCUGUGGACUCAGGAUAAAGAGGGAAAGCAGUCUGUGGUUGGAGGUACCUCUUCUCUGCUCGGAGAGCUUGGCGUUCCGUUUGAAAAAUCAAUCGAAAGCAGCGGACAGUUUACUACUCCGGAGUUCAACGACGCUACUCUUCCUAAUGGCGGCAAGAUGAUAGUCGGUGAUGUGAACCGGCUCGGUUUACCAGAAAAUGGGCCCAUGGAAGCGAAGGACCAAGACAGUCACGGACUUACGGUCGCUAAUUACCUGUACCCCGUUCUACGAUUCCUGGGGGCUUUCUUUGAAAACCAAGCCAAUUGCACCUACUUCAUCGAAUCCGGCGGCGUCGAAUUGGUGUUGGACUUUGCCACUCUUCCCAGUCUCCCGUUCGAUUUCCGGAACAGUGAGGCGAAUCACGAGCUCACUCAAUUGGUGCAUAUGAUGGCAGAGACGAAGCCGCACCUCGUCCUGCCGUCUCUUGUCAAGCGAGCGCAAAGUGCCAUUGAUAGUAUUGCCGAUUUUUGGAUGGAAUCGAAACCAAAUGGCUUCUUCACCUCGCUGACAAGGCCAGAGUCCGAAGCUAGCGCUGCGGACGGAGACGGUGGUGACAAUGUUGAAGUCGCAAAGUCUCGUGGGACUUAUUUUGCGAAGCAUCUGGUGGCUGUUCAUAUCCUCACGGACAUUCUUCGUGAGGUUUACACUCCACCUAUGUACCAGACCCGUCCCAGCCAGCAGACUUCAGCGUUUACUCAAGUGAAUUUAGCCGACCGGUAUUCCUCCCUUGUUACGGCUCUGGGACAUCUGCAUGCCGCUUGUGUGUGGGAAGAGAUACUCCUUCAGAAGAAUAUCCCGGAGCGCUGGAUCGAAGCCAUGAAGGUGAGGGGAUACGAUACGGGCAAUGAACAGGCCAACGACGCCGCUGGAGUCUUGAACACCGAUGAGGCCUCGAAUGCUGCUGCGAAUGAAGAUGCCAACGCUGCGCGCUCCCCAGAAGGCACCCAGGCCCAAGGUGGUGAUGCUUCAGGUCUUCCUAAGCCUUCGACGGCUAGGGUGAGUGAAGACGGUGCUGCAUUCAAGAACGCGCAAACUCUUCGUUAUCUCUUGAGCUCUCUGCCUUCUUCAAUCACGGGCUUCUUCCACCUGCUUGGGCAUGGGAUCAUUGGAAAACGGCGGAUCGAUAGUUAUCAACGACAGAAUGCGUUCAUGGUAGCGGAUUCGAUUGCCAGUGUUGUGCUUCGUCAACUCCAGCUGGGUGCUCCAAACAGGAGCCCUAAUAUGAAGGAUCGGCUUUCCUACCUCAUUAACGGAUUGAAAGUGAUGAAAGGUCUUUGCGAUAUCUUCCUGCGCGAGAUUAAGGCUCUGGUUCCUCAAGUUGGGCAGCUUAACGAUCCAGAGCAAUCUGCCCGACUUGCGUCCGCAUACGGAGGAGUCAAGAUCAUUUUGACCUUCUUUGCUGAAAUCACAUCUGCGAGAUACAUCAUGCAAUCGAAUCAGACACAGGCUUUGGCUGGAACCGAAAGAGAGCGCGAUCGUCCAGAUUACUUCCAUCCAGCUCAAUUCUUAGUGGAUCUUCGGAUGGAGGUCCUUCCAAUGGUCAGAGAGUUGUGGAGUUCCGAUUUUGUCGACCAUGCUUCCAGUUCUAUCGUCAAAUGUCUGGUGGACAUCCUCCGCUCGAUUCUCGAAGGGGAGAACGAGACUGGGGCUGCUCGACAAUCUGACCCUCCCCAGUUUUUGGCAGAUCCUUCGAAGAAAGUAUUCACGAUCAACAGGGAACGGAUGGCCACGCUGCGCGAGAAAGGCUUCGACAAGGAUCUUGUGCGAGAAGCUCUUUAUCGUUGCAACAAUGUCCUUGCUGCCGCUGAGGAAUAUUGUAAAGCGCAGAAUUGGCUGCGGCCUCCGGCCAGACUCCCGCCGCCGGCAUACGACAUUUCCGGAACCGCUCCGGGAGAUUCCUCAGAGGACACCCCUGUGGGGGAUGCUCCUCCAUUUGCUGGUGGUCUUUUGGAUCAUUCCUCUCUUGCAAUGCUUCUUGCUCAAGCUUCAGGUCGUUCUGCCGAAGAUGGGUCUGAUUCACAGCAGGGCCAGAACAGAGAAGAUGAUUCUGGCAACCGCGCGGAGUUCCUUGCUCGAGCCUUGAACCACAUUCUUAAUGACCAGGAAAAUCUUAUGAGUGACACUGUCGAAGAGCACUCCUCCGAGAAUCGUGGGAAUCCGUCAACCGACCCUGCAUCGCAGUCUUCGGAACAACAGCCUAGAAGACGAGAAGUUACCACGAUUGAGGAUCUCGACGCUGAGCGUGACAAUAUAAGGUCCAACCUGAUAGAACGUUGCUUGGAUGUUCUCAAUGUCCAUCAUGAUGUCACAUUCGAUCUGGCAGACCUGAUCGCUGCUGCCACGAGGAAGCAUCGCGAUCCUGACGGUUUCCGGAAAGAGGCUGGAGAGACGCUCGUCCAGUCGCUGGUUUCCUUGCAGACGGAAGGGGAUCUCCGGCCUUCUGGCAAGAAGAUCGCCGCCUAUGCCAAUCUUCUUGCGCUGAUACUUCAAGAUAAGGAUAUCUAUUCCGCAACGUUGUUGUCAGACGACGCUCAGCCGCCUCAGAUCCGUUGGAAUCCCCCUAGUUUUGACGAGCCUGACGUCAAUGAGGAGCCGGCACAACUUGAGGAGCCUCUCAUUUCAUAUGGCGAGAAGACGCAGCUAUUCGAAUCUCUUUUGGAGAUCCUUCCACGCAUAGGGAAGGAUGACUCGCUCGCCCUAUCCGUGUGUCGAAUUCUCGUCAUUCUCACCCGGAAUCGAACUAUUGCGGUGCGCAUGGGGGAGAAGCGAAAUUUGCAACGUCUCUUCGUCAUGGUGAAGCAGCUUUCGAGCUCCACGAACGAGAAAUUGCAAAGUUCGUUCAUGCUCAUACUCAGACACAUUGUGGAAGACGAAGAGACUAUUCGACAAAUAAUGAGGAGUGAGAUUGUUGCCAACUUCGAGUCCAGGUCCUCUCGGCAGACGGAUACCACAGGAUACGUUCGGCAAAUGUAUCACUUGGUUCUGAGGUCACCAGAACUAUUUGUGGAGGUUACAAACGAAAAGCUCAAGCUUCAGCGAUAUGACUCCCAUCAACGACCACAGGUCCUCACCUUGAAGACAGACAAGGCCGACACCUCCAAAGAUGGUGAUGCCCACAAAGAUAAGGCUGAAGAGCCAGGCGAAACUACUGCGCCGACAGAGCACAAAGAAAAGGGCAAAGCAGUAGAGCUUAAACCACCUGUUGUCGAGCAUCCAGAUGGUGUCAUUCAUUAUCUGCUUUCGGAAUUGCUGUCCUACAAGGAUGUUGAUGACAAAGAGCCCGCGCCGGAAAGCGCCGAACCGUCGGGGGCUGAUCGGUCAGAAUCACAAACUGAUGUCGAAAUGUCUAAUGGCGAACCCUCUCCGUCGUCUUCCAGUGCGGAUCUAACGGCAGCACGAAGCUCCAAGAAACCGGAGAAGGCGACAUUCAAAGCCGAUGAACAUCCUAUCUACAUCUAUCGUUGCUUCCUCCUCCAGUGCCUAACGGAACUUCUGUCAUCAUACAAUCGUACCAAGGUUGAGUUCAUUAACUUCUCACGCAAAGCUGACCCUAUGGCGACUACGCCAUCGAAACCACGAUCGGGCGUCCUGAACUAUCUCCUGAACGUCCUCAUCCCUGUCGGUACAUUAGAGCAUGAUGAGUCUGUGGCAUUUAAGAAGCGCAGCAACACGUCCGCCUGGGCAAUGCGAGUGAUAGUCGCGUUGUGUACGAGGACUGGGGAAUUUGGCGGAAACAACAGGCGACGUAAUACGGAGGAUGAAGAAGAGGAACCUGAGUUGCUCUUCGUGCGGCGAUUUGUUCUUGAACAUGCGUUGAAAUCAUAUCGGGACGCAAUGGCCUCUAAUGAGCCACUGGAUGUCAAAUAUUCACGCUUAAUGUGCCUGGCUGAUCUGUUUGACAAGAUGCUUAGUGGAUACACAUACGCAAGUGGCGACAACACUUUCCCUUCGUCCACUAAGCAGCUUGCCAAGACCAUGUUCGAGAAACAUUUUAUCUCCGCUCUGACUGCUUCCAUCGCCGAUAUCGAUCUGAAUUUCCCUGCGUCCAAGAGGGUGAUCAAAUACAUCCUUCGUCCUUUGAAUAAGCUUACGCAGACUGCUGUCAUUUUGAGUGAGACCUCGAGUAUAUCUGCACCUGGUGAAACGGAGGAGGACGAAAUCUCAUCAGCCACAUCUGUUUCAGACAUGGAUGAUGAUCGUGAAGAGACUCCUGAUCUUUUCAGGCAUUCCACUUUGGGUAUGCUAGAGCCUAGCCACGAGGAGGAAACCAGCGAAGAGGAAUCCGAGGAGGAUGAUGAAUUGUACGACGAUGAAUACGGGGAAGAAAUGGAUUAUGAAGAGGAUAUGCCUGAAGAUGAUGGAGAGGUCGUCAGUGAUGAAGACGAGGACAUUGAAGGGCCAGGCCCUAUUGAGGGUUUGCCUGGAGACACUGGCAUGGAUAUCGAAGUUCUCAUCGACGAAGAUGAGGAUGACGAUGAGGAUGACGACGAGGAAGAUGAGGAUGACGAUGAGGAUGACGAUAUCGAUGCCGACGACGAGGUGAUGGCUGGAGAGAUUACCGGUGACCAUGACAACGACAGCCUGGCAGAAGGUGAUGAUGACGAAUGGGAGAGCGAAGAGAUGUCUGAGGACAACGAAGAAGCGGAAAUGUUGAAUCAAUUCGAGAACGAACUCGAAGACAUCAGACAGGCAGAUCAACACGGUGAUAGCCAGCGCUUUGACGAUCUUUUCCGUGUACUUCAUGAGGCCGCUGGUGGAGUCGAAGAUUUCCGGGGCAAUGAUGUUCAAGACGACAUGGUAGACGAUGAGAUUAACGAAGAUGAAGAUGAAGAGGAGGAAGGUGACGAACUGGAGGAAGAACUUGACGACCUGGAUGAAGACCAAGGGUCUUAUGAGGACUAUGAUGAUGAAGAUAUCGAACACUGGGGAUGGGAAGGUGAGGAACCUCCAGUUCCUCGACACCAUCACCACCAUCACCAUCAUCGCUACCGCGGAAUGCAGCCAACAUGGACUACCUUCCCCGAAGGAAUGUCCAAUCGUCAUGGCAUAAUACCGAUACCUCCUUACCGUUCGCAUCGCGGUCAAAUUACUUCUCGCAAUACUGAUGACGGCACCAAUCCCCUCCUGAUAAGAAGCGAUCGGGGUCCUGAGGUACCUGGGCAGGCCCGUGGCGCUGGAACCGAGGCGUUUACGGACUGGGUUCACAGUGUUGAUCCCGCCUCAACCGGACGCCUAGUCUCCAUGGACAGCCCUGUCAGUUUCAUGAACGCCAUAAUGCAGGCUAUCGGGGGCCAAGGGGGUCCAGGGUUCGGCGUGAUCACACGCCCCGAUGGCAUCCAUGUUCAUGUCGAUCGACGUGCCAUCCCCGACAACCGCAUCCAAGAUAUUUUCGGAUUAGGCCGGCAGCAAACCGCCCCUACCCGAUCUCGUGACGACCCGUCUCAAGCGGUCAGCUUCGCACUGGCAACGACCACGACCCGGUGGCAAGAGGAAGCCCGCAUCCUCUUCAGUAGUAACUACAUAGAGAAGACUCAACGCGUUGUCAACUCCCUGCUGCGUGUCCUUGUUCCUCCUGCCAUCGAAGAAGAAAAGAGGAGACAGAAGGAGUUAGAGGAAGAGCGUAAACGCCGCGAAGAAGAGAGGGCUGAAAAAGAACGGCAAGAGCGUCUCGCCAAAGAGGAAGAAGAAAGGGAGAAGAAGCGCAAGGAAGAGGAGGAAGCUGCGCGACGCCAGCAAGAACUGGAGAGUCAAGCAGAACAGCAGGCUUCGGCAGCGGAGGCAGAUGAAGCUGGGGAACCAAUGGACGAUGUCCAGGCCACUGAAGGGGGUGCCGAAGUGGCUGCUCCUACCACCGAAGGUCCCGAAGCUGGCCCUUCAGAACCACCUCGCCGUGUUCAUACUACGAUUAGGGGUCGUCAAAUUGAUAUUACCGGCAUGGAAAUUGAUCCGGAGUACCUGGAGGCGCUGCCGGAAGAUCUCAGGGAAGAAGUUAUCAUGCAGCAACUCGCAGAGCAACGUUCUCAGGCUGUGGCGUCAGGAGAGGAACCGACUGAGAUAAACCAAGAGUUCCUCGAAGCCCUGCCACCCGAAAUCCGCGAAGAACUGUUGCAGCAGGAGGCGGCAGCCCGUCGCCGUCGAGAGCGGGAGAAUGCUCGCAGGCAAGCCGCAGCAAGCGGUGCUCCUGCCCAUGCUGAAGAUAUGGAUCCGGCCAGCUUCAUCGCUACUCUCGAUCCGUCACUGCGGCAGGCCGUCCUUGCUGACCAGCCUGAGGAAAUCCUUGCAUCACUGGGUCCGGAAUUCCUUUCGGAGGCUCGCGCUCUCACCGGUCGAAGAUUGGCCCAGUUUGGCGAUGCUGGCCGCGCCGACCAGCGGCAGCGGGACGAAGAGGCGGAACAUCAAGAGACCAAAAAGCCCCAGCGCCGUCAGAUCGUCCAAAUACUCGACAAGGCCGGCGUUGCGACGUUGCUCCGCUUGAUGUUCAUGCCUCUCCAGGGCAACGCUCGCCACCAACUGAAUGACAUUCUUCAUAAUGUCUGCCAAAAUCGCCAGAACCGGGUGGAGGUUGUCAGUCUCCUGCUUUCGAUUCUCCAGGAUGGAAGUGCGGAUGUCACAGCUAUCGAGCGCAGCUUUGCACAUCUAUCCCUACGUGCUAAAACACCGGCAGCCCAGAAGACUCCCCAAUCUGCCAAGCGGACGCUCUCUUUCCAGGCGACUCCGAGUGCUAACAAUGAAGUGACACCGCUCAUGGUUGUGCAGCAGUGCCUCGGAACGCUCUCUUUCUUGACUCAGUACAACCCGCACAUUUCCUGGUUUUUCCUUACCGAACAUGAUUCUGCCUCUGCCCUCAAACUCAAGGCAUUCCGUAAGGGCAAGGCCAGGGAGAAUCGGGAAAACAAGUUCGCUCUGAAUGCACUGCUGUCGCUCUUGGACCGCAAGUUGAUCAUGGAAAGCCCGACUUGCAUGGAGCAACUGUCCAGCCUUCUUAGCGCGAUAACUCAACCCCUCACAUUACUGCUUCGGCGUGAGAAAGAGAAGCAGGAAGAAGGGAAGGGCAAGAAGCCUGAGCGACCCGGUGCAGAGGAGCCUGCGGAAGAAGUGGUUGAGUCGACAGAGGCUGGUCAAGAUACCACCAUGACGGAGGCCGCUCCCCUACAAGAAGACGCGUCUGAGUCAGUGGAACCGGCUGAAGCGGAGGUUCCAAAGCCAAGCGUUGAAGAAGAUAAGCCUAAGAGACGAACAAUGGAGCCUCCUGUUGUUCCGGAACAUAAUCUGCAGCUGGUGGUCCGCAUCUUGGCAGCCAGAGAGUGUAAUGGAAAGACUUUCCGAGACACCCUGUCUACAAUCAACAACCUUUCCGCAAUUCCAGGGGCCAAAGACAUCAUUGGAAGAGAAUUGAUCAACCAAGCGCAAGACUUGAGUGAAGCAAUUUUAACGGAUCUCGAUGAACUGUUGCCCCAUAUCCACCAAGCGCGGACCGGCACUGACUUGCAGGGUCUUGCACUUUCGAAGUUCUCUCCCGCCAGUUCCGAUCAAGCGAAAUUGCUUCGUGUCUUGACGGCACUGGACUACCUAUUUGACCCCAGCCGUCUGGAGAAGAUUAAGGGCGCGGAGCCGGCGUCUGCUCCUAAAGAGGACGUGUUGAAGACCCUGUACGAAAGCUCCACAUUCGGUCCGCUCUGGGGCAAACUGAGCGAAUGCUUGACGGUCAUUCGGCAGAAAGAGAACAUGUUGAACGUCGCUACAACCCUGCUUCCUUUGAUCGAGGCCCUUAUGGUCGUUUGCAAGAAUACCACUCUGAAGGAUGCGCCCCUCUCCCGGCGCGGCAGGGAGUAUUCUGUGUCUAGUCCGCCUCCUGACACAGAAGGCGUCAUCAACAUGGAGAAUCUGUUCUUCAAGUUUACAGAAGAUCAUCGAAAGAUCCUCAAUGAGCUCGUCCGCCAGAAUCCAAGGCUCAUGAGUGGGACAUUCUCUCUCUUAGUCAAGAAUCCCAAGGUCUUGGAAUUCGACAACAAGCGCAACUACUUCACUCGUCGUCUCCACACACGUGGUGCCGAAGCCCGACACCCUCACCCUCCUCUUCAGCUUUCCGUCCGGAGAGACCAGGUUUUCCUAGAUUCAUUCAAGUCUCUCUAUUUCAAGACGGCAGAAGAGGUCAAAUACGGCAAAUUGAAUGUCCGUUUCCACGGUGAGGAGGGUGUAGAUGCGGGAGGUGUGACUAGAGAAUGGUUCCAAGUUCUUGCUCGUGGAAUGUUCAAUCCGAACUACGCGUUGUUCAUUCCCGUCGCCUCUGAUCGGACCACUUUCCAUCCCAACCGUCUGAGUGGUGUCAACUCCGAGCAUCUGAUGUUCUUCAAGUUCAUCGGUCGCAUUAUUGGCAAGGCGUUGUACGAAGGCCGUGUUCUCGAUUGCCACUUCAGCAGAGCUGUAUACAAGCGAAUCCUCGGGAAGCCCGUGUCACUCAAGGAUAUGGAGACUCUCGACCUGGAUUACUACAAGUCUCUAGUGUGGAUGCUGGAGAACGACAUUACAGACAUCAUCACCGAAACCUUCUCCGUCGAAACGGAUGACUUUGGAGAGAAGCAGAUCAUUGACCUUAUCCCCAACGGUCGCAACAUUCCAGUCACCCAGGAGAACAAGGAAGAAUAUGUACAACGGGUGGUUGAAUAUCGCUUGGUUGGUUCCGUCAAGGAACAGCUGGACAAUUUCCUUAAAGAUCGAAAAGGUUUCCAUGAUAUUAUACCACCGGACCUCAUCUCCAUCUUCAACGAACAGGAAUUAGAACUGCUGAUUUCUGGUCUGCCUGAGAUCGAUGUGGACGACUGGAAGAACAACACGGAGUAUCACAACUACUCGCCGUCGUCCCCGCAGAUUCAGUGGUUCUGGCGUGCUGUCCGGUCUUUCGAUAAGGAAGAACGUGCCAAGUUGCUCCAAUUUGUCACGGGAACCAGCAAAGUUCCGCUCAAUGGUUUCGCAGAGCUUGAGGGCAUGAAUGGAUUUAGCAAAUUCAACAUCCAUCGUGACUACGGCAACAAAGAUCGCCUUCCCAGUUCCCACACAUGCUUCAACCAGCUUGAUCUGCCGGAAUAUGAAAGCUACGAGGAGCUUAGGUCGCGUCUAUACACUGCGAUGACAGCUGGCAGUGAAUACUUCGGGUUCGCAUGA